UCAAGUGUCAUCAGUAAAUCAUUAUAUUGGAAGUGGUCAGAGUCAGUGUAUUUUUAUCAUUUAUAAUUGAAGUGUUGAAAAAUGGAAGAUAGAGAUAGUUAAUCGCUAGCGUCUGACAAAAGUAUCUAAACGCGGCUUUACAUAGUAGUUCAAAGAUGUGACAGUAGUUCAUUUGCACUUUAGAAUCCGUUGGCGAUGAGUUUGAAAAAGUUCUAUAACUUGACCAUUGAAAUUAAAAGCAAAGAGAAUAGAAAUAAUUAAAUCCGCGAGACUGUAGACGACUAAACAAUGGAAUAUGAAGGUGUAGUUACACAUGUUAAUGAGGCUUUUGCUUACAUCAUUCUAAAUAAUCAAACAAAGGUUCAUUUGAGCCUUCUGCUACUGAACAAUCCGUCGUUGAGCCUACCACAAGUAGGAGCAAGAAUUUCCUUCAAAAACGCUCAUAAAAUUUCUUCAACGUACGUACCGUGUACAACUUCUGAACUGAAGGGGGUACCAGUUGAGAAAUUCCAACCCAACGCCUUCGUAAAGUUCGUUGAAAGCCAUCGACUCGGAGCUCAGGAUCUGGUAACUAUUGGCGCUGUCAUAGGUCUGUUAGAAAACAAUUUCCAAGACUUAGGCCCUGAAAUACGAGAAACCAUUGUACUCUCUUUACUGAAGAUUCUGUUGAGACUGUUUUCAAUCCCCACUAAAGCCGAUCACGUCUGUUUAAACAAGCACAUAUCGCACUUAGACUUGAUAUGUAUUAAUUCGUGUCGACAUGUAGAGAUACAAUCAAGCAAGUACAGAGAAUUUCCACACUGGAGCUUUGGGGUGCACCCCAAGCCCCGAAAACACUCCCUCCUGUUCGGGUUGGUUAUCCUCCAGGACCUUUACGGUUUCUUGAUGUUGAAGGAUUCUCUGUAUCAAGUCGUCUGCAUUUUUACCAAUGCCACGCCUGAGAAUAUACAGUCUAUAGUUGAUAGUUACGUUCUUAUUAGGAAUUACAAGUUGAUAACAGAGAUAUACAAGGAAAGUGACGUACCAAAUUUGGAGUGCAUCCUAGUGGAUUUCCAGGAUGUUGUAAAAGUAUUCUCAUCACAAAAAAAUGAAGUUUCGCUUUAUUAUUUCAACAGCAGUGCUAAAAGGCUCAAGUAUAAUUACAGCCUUGAGUUUCAGUUGGUGAAAAAGAGCAUGAUAUGUAUAGGAGAGAAUAAACGACCAGAAUGUAGGCUGUAUAUAUCAAUAACGAAGAGAAACUACACUAACCAUAACGAAUUUGCUUUUCUGAUUCUACCUUCUGAUUAUAUACGAAUCACGAUUUACUUGAAAGAAGGCAGAUCCUACAAGUUGAGCCACGGUACCGUCUUGAAAGAACCCACUUGUUCGGAACUGACAAGACUGUAUAAGUGUAAGAUAUAUGAAAUCAGUAAUAACGAGGCCUAUUUCGAGCUGCUCGAUAAUGAAAAAGACCCUGAGAAGUUGUUAACCGUAGAGGAAUGCAAAAAGUUUGUCACACGCAGUUCUGAGUUGGUUUCCUUCUCAGGGGUUUUGAAACAGAAACGGUUUGCUAAUAAGUUAUCUUCUAGAAUCCCUCGAAGAACCACAGUUUAUGGAUUCGGAACACCAGGCUCCAACAACCAUCAGUUAGUAUUUUCUUGUAGAGAAAACAACACAGAGGUAUAUUUAGACUGCUACUUGAACGAUUGGGAAAACAUUUUGAUGCCGCUGGGCCUGAUACCGCAAAUUCGACUCAUCAUUAGGAAUGUACAGCCUCAGUCGAAGAAGUACCUCAAAGCUACUGCACUAACUUCAUUGGAAAUUCAAGCCUACGAGCCUCUGAUUGAGUUUCGAACGGCAAAUUUGUUCGGAGAGUUCGAACUCGACUGGGGCCCGAAGUUCUUCCUGGGGCACGGUAAUAAAAUUCCGUUCAGUGUAAUUGUCUGGGGCAGAGUGCUGAGCGUUCAAAUACUGUCGAUAAAAAUGACAAACCGCUGUAAAGAUUGCAGAUACAUAAACGAAUGCCCAGGUCGUUGUGUGCAAUGUGGAAAAGGAGAGAAGCAGAUGGAAUUUCUGUCAAAAUUGCACGUUUCUGAUGAAUACGGCCAGAGUAAAGUUUUAGUCAAGCAUCCAGGCUUUUUGAAGGCUAUUCUCGAUCUACAAGACAAGCAGUUUGAGAUAUGGAUGAAGGCUUUUGAAGAAAUCGGGGAAUACAAUUUCGAUUUGUUCGAUGAAAUAUCAGACAGACAUCCUGAAACGGAUAGGGACUUUUUUAAAUAUGCCCUGACGGCUUAUCUGAGAAACUUCAACAAGAGCGCCAUAGUGAGUCUAGAUAUGAAAUGUAGGAAAUUGGAUUCCAAUCCGCAAAAAAACGGUGGAAGACCUCUUUGGUUUUGCUUAGACGUUCGAAGAUGCUGAUUUGCAACGAGUGGUAGUUGGGCUGUGAUAUUACUGAAAUAAAAUGGAAAUGCAUGAAAAGAGUCCAAAAGUAGAGAACUCUACUAUUUAUAUAAUGCUAAAAGUGGGAGUUCAGCGAGUUGUGUUAUUCGUUUAGUCUAUAUUGUUUCACCAAAGAAAAAAAAACAAAGAAAUACAAACGUUUAUUAAAACCUG